AUGUUGUUCUUGCUCUUCUCUAUAUUCGCUUUGAUGGCCGCAGCGAUCGUCAUCCCCGGGCCUCCCGGCCCCUACCCCGUUGCCUUGCGAGUGGAGGCCUUCGAAGACGCAGCACGAUGGGACCCCCGCGCCCCUCAAAACCAGCCUGAGAAGCGCAAGGUCAUGGUCUCCGUCCACGUCCCUCUAAAGAAGGAAGCCAACUGUUCCGUCGAAAUAGUUCCCUACGUGCCGCCUACCACUGCAGUCGCCCUCGGCCAGGGGGCGGCGACCUUGUUUGGCGGGCCCGAGAAGAGUGAAAAGUACCCUCUGGUCCUCUUCUCACACGGAAGAGCUAGCUCGAGACUUGCGCAUGGCGUGCUGGCGCGUUCUCUUGCUAGUUAUGGGUACAUCGUCGUCACUCUGGAUCAUACGUAUGAUGCCGCGAUUGUCGAGUUCUCAGAUGGCAGCGUUAGAUUUGCGGAGAACGCAACGGACAACGAUUUGGCUUACGUCGAGAGCCUUCUUGAGAGUCGUCAGAAAGAUGUCUCCUUCAUAAUCGACCAGCUUCUAGACCCUUCAGUAGCUACACCACUACUUGCCGGAACGCAAGCAUCUAUCAACUCAGAGAAUAUUUUCAUCGCCGGUCACUCGUUCGGCGGCGCUACAGUAGCUUCAUCACUCUACGUCGAUGACCGCAUCCUUGGCGGUCUCAACUUUGAUGGCCUGAUGGUCGGUCCGGUCCAGACCGAAGGCACCGACAAGCCCCUAGUGCUGGCCAGCACGCCGGCGACAUUUGACUAUAUUUCCGGCUGGAAUGAGACUUGGACUAGCUUGCGCGGUCCGUCGUUGAUGUUGAUCGUCAACGGAACAACUCACAUGUCUUUCUUUGACGCUCCACAACUCCCGGCUGUCAAGGCUUUGCCUGCAGAGUAUUCUGAUCUCAUCAAGCAGGUUCUGGGCACCAUUGAUGGCGAUGUGUUGGCCAAGAUUGAGAUUGAGCUCUUGCGAAGAACACUGGACUUUGUCUUGGAGGGCAAGAGAGAGGCAUUGUGCGAUAUUGAGAGCGUAGGCCCUGGUGUUGGCCAGCUGAGAGUCAAGAACUUGACGUGUUCUUGAAUCAGAACUGAUGGGAUAGAUAAUCACCACUCUGUUAUUUUAUAAUCUUUAC